GACAGCGUGUGCAGCGGUUUAGUGAAUAUUUCAUAUCCUUGCGGCGAAAAAGUAAAGUUUCAAUAGUAGUGAAUUUCAUAUAGAAAAAUUUAAAAUAAAAGUUAAGCGCAACUAAAUGCUUAAAAAUGUAAAAUAUAAAACGAUACGGAAAUUAAAAGAACGCAGUCAUUGUUAAAGAAAUAAUCAAUUUUCAAAUAAAAGUGUGUACCGAAAGACGACUGCUACCCAACAGAAAAUCAAGUGACUAACAUAACACAGAAGCUAAAGGAAUUUCAAAACGCCAGCGAAGAAAUUGCUAGACAACCAACUGAAAUAUGUCUGCAACGAAUUCCUUCAAUCAUCCAUAUGGUGUGCCGGCCGCCGCCGCGGUUACUGCCGCAUCAACAUCCACAACGACACCACCCACUGAAGGUGCCAAACAGAAAGGCGGUGCAUCAACUAUGCGUCGGUUGGAUUCGGCUGCGCCCAACAAACGCAAUAUGCCCGCUAAUCAAUACAAUUCCCAAAAGCAACAGCAGCAGCAGCAACGUGACACCAACGCUUCGCCGAAACGUCAAUUGCAGAUUGCCCAACGCCAGCAACAACAGCAACAAUACGGCGACGCCUUGCAGAACGAGGAUAGUUUGGAAUAUUUCAUUAAGUUUCCGACAAUGAAUUAUCGUAACGAUGCAAUGGAUACUGGGGAUUCUGAUUUUGUAUUCGUAUACAAUGAUUCAAAUGUUCCUAUAGUUAUGUUACUCGGUUGGGCUGGAUGUCAAGACCGCUAUUUAAUGAAAUAUUCAAAAAUUUAUGAAGAUCGCGGUUUAAUAACCGUUCGCUAUACAGCUCCAGUGGAUACACUUUUCUGGAAACGUACUGCAAUGGUGCCCAUUGGCGAAAAAAUAUUAAAACUAAUGUACGACAUGAAUUUCGAUUCACACCCGGUUAUUGUGCACAUUUUUUCAAACGGCGGUGCGUACCUGUAUCAACACAUAUCGUUAGCAAUGCGUAAGCAUAGGACUCCUAUUCAAAUACGCGGCAUGAUUUUUGACUCCGCUCCUGGUGAGCGUCGUGUUUUGGGCUUAUAUCGUGCCGUUGGAGCAAUUUAUGGCAAAGAGAGAAAGAAGUGUCACAGUAUUACGGCUCUAAUUAUAACUUUAACCUUGAGCAUUAUGUGGUUUGUUGAGGAAACUUUUGCCGCUUUUAAAAGCCUCUUUUUCAAAUCUGAACCGGUACAAACAAAUCCAUUUAGUGAUUUGAAAAAUGAAGCAACUCAAUUUCCACAACUGUUUGUGUAUUCGAAGGGAGACGUAGUUAUACCCUAUCAGGACAUUGAAAAGUUCAUUAAAGUCCGUCAAGAACGUGGAGUGGAUGUAUCAGCUGCAUGUUUCGAAGAUGCCGAACAUGUGAAGAUCUAUACAAAAUAUCCAUCACAAUACAUUCACUGCGUAUGUUCAUUCAUAAAUAAUUGUUUAUCGCGGCCUUACAAAGGUGCAAGUGGCUUGGAAACGGCCACUGAAAGCGGCUCACCUACCAGUUCGGUACAUUCGGUGCUGGGUGCUAAUCCGUCUAAGUAUGAUUAAAGUAAAGGGUAUUUGAACCGUUGUCAAUAACGUACAUAUUUACCUACUUACAUAUACAUAUAUGUGUGCGUAGAUAUGUAUGCAUGCAUAAAUAAUUUAUUUGGAGCGUCUGUAGUGAUCAACGUGUUAUCUUGUGGCGAAUUUGUUCGAGAGUAGCAUCUAAAUUAAUAUAAUGUGGUGGUGUGCGUGUGAGCCGCUUUCAACUUUUGCAAUAUUUAAACAUUGUAAGUGCACAAUAUUAAAUAAAUAAUCUGCGUUAGUUUAAUUUUACUUCGAGGUCCUAUUUAAAAAAAAACAUAUACUAUUUGAGUAGACUAUUUUGUUAUAAUUGCUUCAUUCUACAUAUGCUUUAUUAAGAAAGUGAAGUUUGAGUUUACGUAAACGUCGAAAAUGUGAUGUGAUAGUGUCAGCUUAAAAUAAAUACGAAUAUGGAGAAAUCGUAAUAGACACAUUUUAGGAAAGGAUUUUAGAUCGUUUUAAUCAAAAGUAUGUGAGAAUGAAAUAUUUUCCUACUUAAAAUAAAUACUUACAUACUCGUACAUGCAUAUUAAAUGAUUGGAAAUGAUAUGGCUUUAAGUAGUGAACGAAUUUAAAUAAAUGUCGA